AUUGCUUCUAUUCUCAGGUGGGCUACUGGAGAUUUAGGCCGAACAAGGUCUAGCUCUAGCCAAGCUCAUUUUUUUAAGUAGGCCUAAGCAAAGCGAAGCCCAGCCAACGACAAACAUUCGCACAGUGCUUUUUGUCACUGUUAUCUGCCCCUAAUUUCAACCGCGUUUCAGAGAUGGCGCUUUUUGUCAUCUUGCAAAGUUGUGUUUACAAUGGCCGCUGUCGGUGAUGAACGAAUGGAGUAAUGGAUUUUAAUGCCUUAAUUGCAGAUCUACGGGUCUCGUCGGAGAACCUUGCUAAUGAGGCUGCAGAUCGAAGUCUGUUAUCAUCUGUCUAUUGCAAUAAAGCUUGCAAAGCAAUUGACAAGGUGUCCAAUGGUGACUUAGAAUACGAUCAAGUCAUCACAGGCCUAUGGCUUGUGACGGCUCAUUUCACAGAACAGUUGGCUAAACUGAAACCUGUACCGGCACUUACCGAGCUGAGUUUCAAGUUGUUCAGACAAUGUGCCAAAGCCGUGCUGAACAUUCAGUUUCAGAACCUGGAGGAGGAGGAUGGAGUACGGAGCAACUUUCUGGUUUCUUUGGCUGCUUUGCAUACCAGAUUGGCUCCUUUCCACUUCACGAAGUUCCGGUUACUUGAAAUACUCACUGAAAAUCCAUGGACUGAUCCCACCUUGGCGAAAGUUAUGGGAGGAGAGAUAGAGGAGGAUGAAAAGGAAGAAGUUCGAAAUUACAUAGAGCAAGAGGACCCCAUCAUCUUGCAGUUACGUGUGGACAUGAUGCUGAAAGAGAACUGUGAGGAAUAUGCCCUGAACUUGUGUAACAGCUGCCUGAUCCACCCGGAGCUUAAGACGGACCUGAACCUACGCAAGACACAGCUCUCCCUCCUCUACAAACUUGGACAGAUGGACAGACUACAGGAAGAGAGCCAAAAAUUGAGCAUUCAGGAUCAAGUGAAAAUCAUACAGCAGCUGCAAACCUCCAAAGCUCACAAGGAAAUUUGCACAGUCCUGGCACAAACAUUCAUGGUGCAGAACUGGAUAAAAGCUUCUGACCUGGAGGCAAAUAAAGAGCUGCUUCGUUUGUGGAUCAGGCACCAGUCUGUAGUAGACCGAGAGAAGGAUCAGUUCAGGGAGAGCGUUUGGGCAAUGGCCAAGCUGUCUCAGUCCACUGAACAAAUUGUUUUCUUCAUCGACGUUUUGCGCCGAGAGUGCGGCGAUGUGUACUUACAGCUCUAUGUGGACAUGUGCAUCUUUGCCAUCAAUGUUGACAAAGGCCAAAUGGAGACCAAUGUGAAAGAGGGGAACACGGAGGCUGCUCUGGCUCGUCGCUCUGACAUGGCCUCCAUUUGCUCCAAACUGGCCUGCCUGUGCCACCACGCCUCUGUCAAGAUUGCUCGGAUGUGUGCCCUCACUUCGUUUGCUCUCAAGCCCUCAGAGCAGGCUCUGAAUGCCAUCAGCUCGUUUUACGGCCAGGGAUCUGAUUGCUGCAACAAUUGUCAGAAGGACAAGAACCGAGAGCCGGGGACAGUGAACCCAGCCACUCUGUAUGAAGCAGAGCGUCUUCUCAACAUGUUGCGACCCGAGUACCUCAACCCGGAAAACUCAUAUGUCAACGUAGAGCUUCUCUGUCGGCGGUUUCUUUACGACAGUCUUCGAAAUGCUCAUCAGCAUCAGCGCAAGAUGGCACAAGUGUCGCCAACGAUUGUGUCGGGUUCCUCUCAAGUGGAAGGUCCUGGCAAAAAGAAAGACGCUGUGCCAGUGACGCGGAUCAGCAAUGUGUUCGAUGCUCUGUCCCCACAGGACAUGCACAGCGCUCAAAUGUUGCUCAACAGAAUGCGGCUGCAAAACGCUCAAAAGAAACCCACGCAGCACGCUCAAGGGUCUGCUAGUCGAGCCUUGCCUUCUGGUGCUUCCAAACCGACGAUUCUUCAUGGUAGUGGCUCGAGUGGUCAAAGUGCUCAUCUUGUUUCCACUCAGCAGUCCAAUCAGAACAAAGCCAACCUUUCAAGUGAGCAUCGUCAGUACAACGUGAAAUCCACCAUAGAUAUUGAGAAUAAAAACAGACUUGCUCAAAGUGCAGGUUUGAUCCCGGUGCAACCAACUCGGCCUGUGGUAUCUGCUUCUGCUGUUUCAGGCUCAGGGAAGUAUUCUGCAUCUCCCACAGCCCGGGUUACGCAAAUCAUCCAGUCUGCCAUGAAACCAGACUCGGGCGUCACUCUUCAGAAACUGAGCCACCACACUAAUCCUGAAGUUGUGAAGGCUGUGGUGAAUAUCAUGAAGGGUUCCGCUGUCAGACAACAAGCCAGCAUGCCGGCAAAACAGCAGCAAAGGCUUCCGCAGCAGCAGCAGCAACACCAUGUUUACUCUCGUCAGCCACAGAUGGGUAACCGAGCUCCUCUCCCCACUGUUUCUACUCUCCUCAAACCCAAUGAUCAACAACAGCACCGACAACAACACCGCCAUCAGCAACAACAGUUAACACAACAAUCACGAGUUCAAAUUCAGACUUCUGUUUCGGCUAGGACAGGAAACCUUCCUGGCCAGCCAACAGCCCAGGGACAGCGGGCAAGUUCAGUUCAAGCAGGGCAGUCGAGCCAGGAAGCAGAGAAGAUGAAACUUAACAAAGCUCAUGUGGAAAGCAUCCGCCGCUUCAUGCAGAUGUCUAACUUACCUCAGAGAGUCAUCUCGGAGACGAAGCAGAUGUCGGGCUCAACUGUUACAGUCUUGAGUAACAAUUUUGUGCAGUCGCAGCAUAUGGGGGCCGGCCGACCAAAGACGACGGUGGAACUGGCUCAGGAGGCCUCUCUUGCCAACCUGAAUCAAAAGAGGCUGCAGAAACACAUGCAGUCCCAGCAAGGCUCCACCCAGCCAAAAGCGAACCCCGCCCUCUACCCUCAGCACGCUCAGGCGGUCACGAAGAAUCAGCAGCAGCAGUUUCUCGCCGCUGUGAACAAACCUCGCUCAACCCCUGUCCAUUCACAGCAGCAGCAGCUACAGCAAUUACAUCAACAGCAACAACAGCAGCAGCAGCAGCAGCAGCAAUUCCAUCUUGUACCUCAACAGCCACGACAGCAACCCCCCUCUCAGCAGCAGAGCAGUUUCUCAGCUAGUUCGGCCUCAAACAGCCUAACUGUGCCAGGAGCUUCAUCUCACUCUCAAGGGGCAGCUGUGUUGACUGACGAACUUUCUGGGUCCAUCACCGGGAUUGAUGACACGAUCAUUCGGGAACUGCUGCAGGACUCUGGCAUAUUGGCAGAGACUUUUGCAGACAUAGCUGUGGAUGUGAGUGAGGAGAAGCCUCAGGUUGAGGCCGGGCUUUCUAAUUGGACAACACAAGUCGCCACAAAUUCUCCAACACGCAUCUAUCGAUACUCUGAGGUCCCUCAAAAGAGCACGAUAGGAACGUCUGUUUAUGUGUCUGAAAAUCCGUUACAAAGUGUGUCAAAUUCUCAUUCUUCAAGUCAAAAUCACAAAUCUAUGGUUUCCAGCAAUAGCGGUCUGUACCAGCAAAGUAGAAACACGUCGGUGUAUGGAACAGCUGCCUCUAACAAACAUCAGCUCACUGCUAAAUCAGGUUUGAACCAAUUGCCUUCUUCUGCGGACAGAAGGCUAACAGCUGAGAACAUGCCAGUCAGUAGUAGGUCACAAAUAUCAGUUCUUCCCAGCGCAGGCGUAUCACGGACAAACUUACUUAAAAGUGCUGUACCUGCUAACCGGGAGAAAAAAUCUGUGGAUCAGUUGCGUGAAAUGAUGAAGGAGCAGGACAUUCAGGGAGAGGUGUACAUGGACGCUUCUAACAAUGCCACUUACCGCUGUAUCAUUUGCAGCAUGGCUUUCGAGAGUUUGGAUGCCCUGAGAGAACACGUACGCAAUGUUUGUAAGCCUGGACUGCAGUCGUCCAGCGUGUACAACAAUAAGAUCAAACAGGACAAAGCCAACUCGGCUAAGGCAGGGCUUGAGACGACCACUGUGUUUCAGUGCCUUCGCUGCUUCGAGUUGUGUGUCAGUGACGCUGGCAUCAAGCAGCACCGCCUCACGUGCAAGAGGGUUCCCACUGUGCCUUCGGACUUGAAGAAAGAGGCCUCAAAACCCAAGCCGGUGAAAACUGCGCCCCCCAAACAGCCGCCACCUCCUUUGGAAGCUGCUAGUCCUGGACCUAGUGACAACUCGUACAAACUUCCACACAUGCCAUUACCGUUUCCAUACCCGUCACUUACGGAUGAGUCUGUACUCAAAAGCCUGACAGCUGCCACCAGUGAUACUAGUUCUCCAUCCCAAAGUCAUUCCACUCCUAAAAUGAAAGUUGAAAAAUCCGACCCAGCUGUAAAAGUCACUCCUCUCAAUGUACAAAAUAAAUCUAUAGAGAACAAAGAAACUGUUAAACGGCCAGAGAAGAAAGAAGCUACUGCUUUACCCAGUCCUAGAUAUUCUGAAAUGCUGGGCUCGGCAGGGAGUAAAUUCUACAAGUGUGAUGCCUGCCAUCAGACCCUCUGCUCCAUGGAAAGUUUUGUUGCUCAUUGGAGAGAGUGUGCUGCGCAGCGGUCGUCAGUGAGUAAAAGUCAGAAAGAUCCCAAGGCUGGGUUGUACAUGCCUCGCUCUGUCUAUGAAGAAAUGUUGCGGAAGCAGGAAGCUGUCAUUUCAUCUGUGGCUCGGGGUGAAAGUGGUCAUGUAAGCUUUGUUCCAGACUCAGUGACUCUUGAUGCUGAAAUUCUGUCCCUAAAAGAUCCUUGUAAGGUAUCUCGUGGUAGGAAUUCUGUCGAAGAAAGGGCUAGCCGUAGGAAUUCUGUCGAAGAAAGGGCUAGCCGUAGGAAUUCUAUUGAGGAGGCCACGAGUGAGAAGAGUCGAUCUGUUGUCAGUGCAGAGUUUGGAAGUGGAGAUUCGGAGGACAGUAUGAAGAGUUGUACCCAGUCAGAUGUUUCUCAAAAUUUAGAAAAAAUCAGGUCACACGAGAAGAAGGACUUAUAUAAGAACUCAUCUCCUGCUUUGCUAGGUUCAGAAACGCAACAAGUGGUUAAGAGUCUUGCUAAAGAAAUGACUGAAUCCUUUGAUGAGGCUUCUCCAUCGACCGAGAAAGAUGAAGAGGAUUCAAAUUCUCAUAGUGAUUCGGAACACGCAGCAUUGCUUCCUUCUCGAAAAGCUCCUCCUAAACUGAGGGACAGAAAAACAUUGAAACCCAUUCAGAGCUUCAUCAACGAAACAUUUGUCUCCCCUUACGCCAAGAUGGGCGUUAAGGCUGGAGAUGGUGUUGAGAACAACCGAGAAAAGGGAGAGAAGAAAAAUUUGCUCACCACCAGUGAAGAAGAGUCUGAAGAGGAUGGUUUACACUGCAAGAUUUGCAAAACAUCCUUCAAGAGUGACAGAAUCCUCAUACAGCAUUACGCUGGGAAACACUUGAAACCGUACACGGUGAAGACUGUUGCAGAUAGCUCCUCUUACUUUUGUCAUUUGUGUCAGAAAACUUUUUCCACUUUUAUGCAUUACAUGCAACAUGUGCCAAACCAUUCCAUCUCGAUCUAUGAGAAGAUGAAAGCUGUAACAGCUGAUAAGUUUCUCUCUCAGCGAAGUGAAAGAAUCGCCUCGCAGCGUGGAAUUGUGAAAAGCUGUGGGCGCAAAAUGGGCCUCAGUCCGAAAGCGUUGAAGAGCAAAAAGCACGCUGCUAAGUCUGCAGUAGAAAGAAUGAGAAAGCGCCUGAUCACAGGCAGGAAGGCGAAAGAAAGACUGAACUUGUCAAGACAGAAACGGCACUCAUCUCGGCCUACCUCCAGCGAGGACGACAAUAGCUCUGAUGCGUCCGGUAUUAAAUUGCGCCCCCCAAUGACUGGUAAAUUUGGCUUCUUGGCUACAACUGGAAGCCAUCGCCAGGGAAAGAGCUUGAAUGACGAGAACUACCUGAGAGGCCAGCAAGACGAGAGCUCUCUCCAGUCGUCAGCGGAGUAUUCCUCAGAGGAAGUGGAGUCCAGAUUUUUUAAGAAGCCCGCUCAAAGUGGUGAUGAGGAUUAUGUGGUGAGUGACGGAUAUGACAGCGAUAACUCUUCCCAAGGACCUCGUGAGACUAGAAGCAGGAAAAGGUAUAGCCAGGGAGAUCUUCCUGUUUCUAGAUUUCCAAAAAGAAGUCGACUGUCAUCAGUUUCAGGACUCUCCGGUGGUUCCACUGAAAUAUCGGAUGAGCACAGUGAUCACAAUUGUCUCGAGUUGGUCAAUGAAAAUGAAACCAAGAGUCAGGGAGGAGGUGAUGUCAGGUUUAGUUCUUUGGUUUUGUACAGACAGGAAAAUGGUUGCUAUAAGCCAUCUCAAGAGCAGGAUGGAGAAAGUGAAAUUUCUGCUCCCUCUGAGGAUCACUCUCAUAAACUUCCGCCUAGUCCCCGAUUAAUAGUUAAAUGUUUGAGUCAGCUGCAGAAAAAACAGUUGACGACUAGCAACCUCCAACCGACUGUUGCCUUACAAUCUCUAUCAUCAUCAGUGUUGAUGAAGUUGAAACAAGAAAUGCAGGGGGAGACUAAUGCUCAAUCCAGUUCUGCCUUGCCCUCUUAUUCCUCCAGUGUUUCUAAGGUGCCUUCAUUUUUGGACUCGUUUUUGUCCUUUAUAUCCUCAAAUACAGACGAUGGCACAUCCCUGUGCCAAGGAGAUGAGGUUGAAGGAAGCAGGGCAAGGCAGAAGAGCUGCAGUGGGCCGUUGUCAAAGAAAAGAAGGAACAGCGAGGGCAGAAGGAAUAAUUCUCACAUGUCUGGUGAGAAUAGUCCCUCUGUAAGGAGUUGUAGCGGCAGUGCUGAUGGUGGCAGCCUCGACGGCGUCACUGCGGCGGACCAAGAAGCCAGCACUGUAAGCUAUCGCUCAACACCGGACAUUGAUUCAGCCGAUGUGGACGCCGGGGAUACAGACGUUGGUCAGGCACUCACAGCUCACUUCUGUGCCCCUGACAUAGUGUCCAAGUUUCACACUCGUCGUUGUAGCGUCAACCUAGGAGAGAAGCUGGACCUGGGUCAGCUGACCAAGGUUGCUCCCCAUAGUGCUGAAGUGGUUACCCCCGAGCCCCCUGACAUAGAGGUGUUAAAAGCUGUGGCCAGAGAAAACCCUCCGGUUGUGUGUUUAGAGCGAAAUCUGUUUCUCGAAAAGUCUGUAAACCCUCAAAGCGAUAUGAAAGGUGAGGGGAGUGAUUCACUAGAAAAUGAAGUUUCUGUGGGAAAGGAAAUUGACAAAGCAAAAGAUAACAGAAGCUCUCUGUCGGAGGAAAAGUAUGUUGAUGAGAAAUCUAGACGGGAUGUGAAUUCUGCUCGAUACUUUUCCUCUGACACGGAUACCAUCUGUAGUGCGGGGGAUUCCUCGGCCAAUCAGUCACCAGAUCAGCAGAACUCACAAGAGAAUGACGACAAAGAGUGUAUUGAGAAAGCAGUUGAGAACAGCAGUGCCAACAUAUUUUCUGCCAUAGAGUCGAUGGUUGCCGAGGUGCCAAGCAUUUCAAAGCCUGCCUCUUUGCUGAAGGAAGAAUCUCCCAGUGGUUCUGAGGGUAUUGCUAAUGUGGAACAGUUAGCUACGUUUACGGAUGGAUCUGAAAAUAAGAAUAUUUUCAACGUGUUCACAUCAAUGUCUGAGAGUGUAGGAGGACAAGAAGGUCAUGAGGUCAUGGACCGAUGUGAAGGUUCAGAUGUAGAUGGACAGAAGAGCCCAGUGUGUGAUGUCUUGAAUGUUGGCAAAAGUGAGGGGAGAGAUGAGUCUACGGAAGGAGAAGGUGUAGACAAACAUGAAGAAGGAAAAGGUUCCGAAGAGCAUUAUGUUGGUGAAAAUGUUGGUGGAGAGAAGAGUUCGAAAGGUGAUUGUUCAGUUCCUGAGGUUGCUGAUGACAAUGUACCCUCAAGUGAAGAUGUCACACAAACUCAGUUUUCUGAGAGUGCUGAAGGAACGUUAGCUGAGAAUAGGCUGUUGGAAGGGAGCAAAGAGUUGGGUACAGAAGCAGUGACAGAGAAAAAAGAUGAAGCGUCUCAUGUGUUAGAAUCUUCAACUUGUGUAUCUCAUGCAAGUGUUGAGCAAACCUCAAUUGUGAUGUCUCACGAUGAUCCAGAUGCCUGUAUAUCUCAAAGUACAUCUGAGGAUAGCAAUGUUGAAACAAGGUUAUUGACAACGGUAGUGAAAGAAAGUGACAGAGAGGAAUGUGCAGGGCAGAAAACUGACACAUGUGCAGGGCAGAAAACUGACCAGGCAGUUGAGUCCCCUGUGGCGGCUGGUGCCGACACUUAUGACGAGACCACAGAGAUGGGAGAGGUGGAAACUGGACAAGGAAAUUCAGUAUUUGAAAACAAAACUGUUGAACAGGGAGAAAUGGACUCAAAAAGUCCCUUGUCCGCUAUAGAUCCAGGAAAUAAAGAAUUUCCAACUGAUGAGGUCUCUGUCAGUAGUGCUCAUAGUCAAGGUUUCCAGACAGGUGACAACCUAUUGCCCGAAAGGACCAGUGUGAGUGAAGCUCAGGGUGCAGAGAGUGAGCAAGCAGUAUGCAGCAAGGAUUUAGAUGAGAUGGAUCAGUCCACGUCCUAUGGCCAUGGAUCAGAUGCUGAGGAGGGAAGUUCAUCGCAUGUCAGCAGUUCCUGUGAGGCACAGAUUGACACUGGCAAAUCAGAGGUUUCCAAGGGAGACAUGGAGACUGAGGACCAGGUCACAGACAAGGUUACUGAACAGGAGCUAGGUUCUGGUGAAAUGGAUGUGAGCAGUGCUGCUGCUUCUAGGGAUCAGGACAUAAAUGGUAAUGCUGCUGUUUCACUGACCCCAGCUUUGGUGGAAAUGCAGCAAGAGCACAGUGAUUGUCAUGUAUCAGAGGAUGCCCAGAUUUCCGAUCGUUCUACAAUUUUAGAUGUCAAAGUCCAACAAGUUGAAGAUCAAGCUCCCACCUCGCUUGAUGUGUCAUCCCCUUCUGGAAGUCCAGACUUGAGACCAAAGAAGGUUGUGGAUGUCAGUAAGGCUUCUGAACAAAAGUUGAAUGUGGAGUCGGAGAGAGUGAGGAAUCCAUCUGUGUCACUGGCUGCCUUUAUUGCUGAGAGACUUUUGCCUGACCAUAACUCUUCACAUCUGCGGUCUGAUGACAGACCACAUGAAGCUUUGGAAAAGGAAGAGGAACUUUCAGAGGAGCUGGAUGUGAAGCAGAAGGUAAAAGAGGUAACAGGGCUUGGUGUUGUGAGUAGGGAGCAGAGUGUUGGCGGUGAGGUGCUGGAGAGCCCAGUGAAGGCAGAGCAAAGUGAGCAGGUGCUGUCAGCUUUGGGACUUGUGGACUACAGCUCAUCGGAUGAUGAGAGAGAAGAGAAGACUUCACCCAAUGUGAUGGCAAGUGAUGAGACGAAAUGCAACAUUAAAGAGUCCUGUAAUGAGGAGAAGAGAAGUGAUGUGAUAAUGAGUGAAACGGAGGAGAAAACUGAGCGAAAAAUGUAUGAUCAUGAAGAGAAAGAUGAUAUAGUUGCUCUUGUUGGUGAUGUGAUUAAACAGGAUGAGAAUAAGUUAGUUACUCCAAGUGUCAGUGAUGGGCUUGUGUUCGAAAAUAAAGAAGAGAAAAAUGGUGUUAAAAUAAUUGAGAAAAGUGAGAUAGAGAUAAUGUCUUGUGAUAGGGAAAAAGUUGAUGCAGUUACUCAAGGUGACACUGGUACAGGUAGUGAACAGUGCAACUUGUCGGAGAACGAUAGCAGUAAACCUGGGAAUGAAGCUCCUAAGCAGAAACAGCUACUCCUGAAUGAGCCACCUAAGGCUGAACCAGGAGGAGGUGUUUCAGCAAAACCCAUGUUUUCCAUCAGCAAAAUGCAGUACAGUCAUAGUGUGUUCAUCCCUUCUGAGAAAAUGGAUGUAAGACCAGCAGGACUUGGGGUGGAACAGACAUACUUUGGGUAUGAGCCAAGUGACAACAAUGGACUGAGCGCUGGAAAUGCUGGCUCAUCCUUGCACCUUCCUGCUGCUGCUGCUUCAAAUGCCCCUCUCCAGACAUGUGAAGAAGGAGGCAUUCAUGUUGACAGUCAUGUUUUGACUUCGCUUGUAAGAACUGGAGUCGUUGAUGAGACAGAAGUGGAUACGGAUGGGAUACAUUGCGAUGCUGAUUUGAAAUCUGGUAAAGAUUACGUUAUGUCAGACCCGGCUGUGAAUGAGGGUUCUUCUGAGGAAGAAAUUAUAAGCAAAACAGAAUGUGAGGCUGGCUCAGAAUCUGCAGCAACAUUGCAUGCCUGUGAGGAUAGCAAAGAAAUUGUCAGCGAUAGCCAGCCGGCAGACCAGUCCUCUGAGCUUGUUUCUCAGGAUGAUAUGUGCACUGACACUGAAGCAAAAACAGAAACGGAUAUGGCAAAUCCAUGUUUGGUGGAAGUUGGGCAAGCGUCUGAGACGAUCGAUCCGCUCUCAAGUAAUGAAGAUGGAAUGUGUGGAGAUCCUGAGAUGGAUGAAGUGUCCCUUCUGUCACCGUUGACCUCACCGCAGGGUCUUGAGACUUUGGAACAAGCUUUGAAUGAAGUGGAUGUUAACAGACAGGCGGAGGGUAGCGCUGGUUGUGGGAGAGAGCUUAGUGAAGAUGUAGAUGAAGGUAGGGUUAGGCCUGCAGAUAAUGAGUUACAGCAAAACUCAGUAUUACCCGGGACUCAUCUAGCAAAUGAAACAUGCUUUGAAAAUGUUGUAAAUACCAUCUCAACAGAACGAGAUACAAAUGAAGACAAGUUGAAUCAAGGGGAUUGUGAAUUGUCAUCUGCUCACAAUGAUUUGUUGGAUACAUCUGAAAACAAGAGUGUUCCGAUAGACAUUGCAGACACUUGUCAUAGUAAACCUGCAUCUCCGGAAAGUAGUAGUGGUAGUGACAGAUUAGAAAAUACCUUUGCAGAGUCUGCUGAGCCAGGGAAAGCUGUUGACAUUCUAGGGAGUGGGGACUCGGUGAUUGUAGAAAACUGGCAGCAUACAUCUCAGGGAGAGGAGUCUGUGGAGGAUGAGGGUGCAGAAAAUCUCAUGGAAAGGUCAACUAAAACGUUUCAAGUAGAAAAGUCGGAGUCCAAGUCACAGGAAAAAGAUGUGCAAACGUCUAACGAAGAAAGAUCGGGGCACAGUCCUGAUCCGGAAAAGUCUGUGUAUGAUGGAGCAUUGGGAGAGCAGUGUGACAGGGUGGAGAGUGAGCAGACUGAAGAUGGUGCUGAUGAGGAAAAGGGAAAAUGUACAAGUGCUGAUGGAGUUGGUUCAUUGGACAUGGCAGCAACAGAUGAGAAUCCAGCAGGUAGCGAGCACCAAAAUGCCCCGGAUAGUGUAAGCAGUUCAGCCCCAGAUCACGCCUCAGUUAAGGAAGACACAUUGUCCACAGAAGAUAAGAGUAUAAUUUGUGAAGAGCAUCAAAAGGAUGAGUCCGAUAAUUCAAAAACUGAUCCCACAAACUCCUUGUCACAGGAGUCCCAUGAAACAGUUGGAGUUGAGAAGGAUUCAGAAAAGACGACAGACAACUCUCCUGGGUCUGAUGGGGCUGUCUUGACCAACGCAAGAGACAAACGGGCAGGAGAGGAAGAGGAUUUGGAUGAUUUUGACCUGGUCAUAGAACAGGACACUUCCUCCCGGAAUUGCGUUUCUUACAUCUCAAAGCCAUUCCGCUCGCACAAAUCUGUGUUUUCAUCCAGGUCAAUGCCUGAAGAGUUGGCCUCCGGUGCUAUGGUGAUGGUUGCUAACUCAAAUGAGGGAAUUAUUGAACCAAACUUGGAGUUUACGAAGGAGGGUCAGAGCAAGUUGAAGUCUAUAGGGAGCAGCCAUGUUGGAUCAAGGCCCUUUGAAUGGUCUGUCCGAGAGGAGGAUGUAGGUUCGAGAAUGCCUUUGCAUGCUGGGAAUCGAGUGCUUGCUGCUCCUAAACCUGGGCUGGGUACAUCGGGUCUGGAUGUGCUAGAGCGUAAGAGGAAAGCUCUGAGAGAGAAGGCAGAGAGAACGCCUUUCACCUGGGACUUGGAGGACAGUCCAGAGAAGGCUGUAAAACCUUUACAAGGCUCUCGCAAAGUGGUGGGCUUUCCGCUGGUGUCAGAGACCGAGUUGGGAGGAAAGAAAGCUCAGCGGCUCAAGGUGAUGAACCAGGUUAACAAGAGACAAGCUAAAGAGCCUGCAGUGAAACGAAAGAGAGUUCAGUCGGCUGCGGUGCAAGGGCCCAAGCUAAAGAGGAGAAUGUCUACCGAGGCAGUUCCUGUGAAGAGAACUCCCCUCUCUGUACCCAAACUUGUCAAGAGACCUUCUUCAACAGAUUUGUCCACUGGUUCAGUAGGUGCUCCUGGCAGGAAGGAUGCUCCUCUCUCUCGACGCUCUCCUGAUGGGAGCCCAGAUGUCAAUGUUGGGAGCUUUGUCCUAAUGAGUGAGGAUCCGCUGCUAGCCUGUCCAGAUGAGGGGAACAACUCCAUCACGGUAGAUGAGGAGAUUUCUUUCAAACGUGACUCGUUGGCAAUUCCCUUAGAUGAAAACUGUCAUGGUGAUGUAGAUUUCAGCCCGGCUGUGAAAAAGCGAGGGAGGCCUAAAAGGAAGUUAGUUGUAGAAAGUAAGUCGGAUGCUGCGAUGUUGCCAUCAGAUUCUCCUAAGGAGAUACAGAAAGUUGUCAAAGUUCAGCCGGGCCUAAGGUCUGGUCACAGCUCUGUUGAGUCUAAUAAGUCUGACAGGUCUGUGAAAAGAGCGGUGGAUUCCCCGACUCCUGAACGGAAGAGAGUCAAGAAAGCCGAGGACACGCUUACGCCAAAAUUGAAGAAAGCAGGGUUAAUAAAGAUCACGACAAAGACCUCCAACAGCGCUCCCACCACACCCUCUGUGUCUGACCUAAGUGCGCCGUUCACUCGCUCAUCAGAAGCUGCCAUCAUUGCUUUCAACCGCAAAAGUCUGAGGAAUCGUGGUGUAGAUCCGGUAGAUAAAAAUUCACCUUCACAGCAGCAUUCACUUGUGUCCCCCAGUGUCCGUUCUCCUCUCAUCACUUCUGUUAAAACAAAAAACGAUAGCACUCCAGUCAAACAUCCGUCCCAGUCCGUGGCAAAUAAGGCUCCCCACACCCCACAAAGAAAUUCUGUCAGUGCCGUGAAAAGCAGUGGCUCCCGCUCUGAGCCUGUACCCCGGCCGUUCUCAAAAUCUCAACCGUCCAGUCAACUGAACACCACAGCUGCUGUGGUACGCCGCAGAGCCCCCCCAAUACCCAGCAAGACAGUCCCUCUCAAAGACAAGCCGGGCCCAGGGCGAAAGAGAAAGUCGGGCACCACGGCCACACACACCACCAUCUAUCGUGUAGACCCACUUCCCAACACGCCGGUUGCCAAGGGAGCCAAAUCCCAAGCGACAACAGCGAACAAAGUGUCGGGAACAGUUCACACAGCUUUACCACCUGGCACGACCUCGGUCAAACCAAAACAGGUGACUUCCUCAAAAAAAUGGCAGAUUAAGAAAGAGACGAGGCCAUCCACUAGCAAGACCAAACAGCAACGAGGCAACGUGACUCAAAAGAACAUUGCCAGUUACAAACUCUGAAAUAAGUGGACAUGGCCAGUUACAAACUCUGAAAUAAGUGUACAUGGCCAGUAAACAAACUCUGAAAUGGGUGUGGUUUGUUGUUAUAGUUUACGCUAACUUUCCCGGAAACAGACGUUUAAAGUUCCUGUCAGAAACUAACCUGUGUUGAUCAUGUAAGUCCUUCUUCAUGGUGCUGUAUGUAAUUGUCUGGGUCUGGUAUAGUGUCUCUUUUCUAUGGUCCUUAUCUCCCCUCUUUCUUUUUUAUGUUUGUUACUCUCCUGUAACACCUCUAAUCUUCUGGCGCUCAUGACCUUAUGCAGUUGCGAGCGCCGUAAAACCUCUACUAAAACAAACAAGUGUCUCUUUAGCUAGAAUGUUUCAUAUAUCUGUGAGUUAAACGAAGUUGCCUGAGAAUGGUAGGGAGGUUUGUCUUAGUAUUGUCUUAUUAUUAGUGUCUUUUUUUUUCUGGCAAUCUGUCGUGUUGGCGAAUGACCUGUGUAAUGUUUUGAAUUUGAGUAUCGCUUCUCCUUUAGGCUAGCUUUAAAAUUGAUGAGCAGAAAGCAUCCGUUUUUUUUUCAAAGAAACUUUUUGAACUGUUUGAGUCCUUGAUGUGUUUGCAUUUUUAUCCAUUAUUGUUUGGGAAAAGAAAGACAAGCCUGCCAGGUAACCUUUAAAAAAUUGGAUUUUCCAGUUUUGUAGCCUUUUAGGAAUAUCAUGAUUGGUUUUGCAUAAAACCUGAUGUUAUUAUUCUACUGUCAGGCCUUGUGAUUGACCCCAGUGAUAUGGAAAUGCUCACUGUUGUUAUGCUCCACGAAUAACGAUCAUUUUUCUGCAAUUAAUUUGAUUGUCUUCAAGUCCUAAAAUACCACUGCCGUGAACAAUCUUUGAGUAAUUGAUGUUUUUGAGUAGCUACUCGGGUGACUUAUAACUGUUCUUUGAUGAUGAUUUCUUUAACUUUGCGAUCGUGUAAACUUAGAGUAGAUUUUUCUAUGCGAGUCUCAUUUUAUACACUCACAAUGUUCAGUUUCCUUAGAGUUGAAUCCACUGGAAUUUAGAGGGCUCCUUAUUUUCUGCUUUAAACUAUUUUUCCAGGGAUGAUUCUGGGGAAUUCUCCUAUUGUUGAUCAUCAAGGCUUUGCAGGUCUGGGUUGAGAUGAUAAAAUAUGUGUUGCAUCCUAAAAUCAGGUGGUCAUAAAAUAAUAAAAGGGAAGAAAUCAACAUUUUUAAAUCAAAUUUGUUUUUUGGCUCAGUCUGUGUGAAUUACUGAAGAACGUUGAUGAAAUUCACAAAAAAUGUAAACUUGUAGUUUCCAAAGGAAUCUACGGCUUUGGAAGUCAACUGGCUAAUUUUGGCUCCGACGCCAGGACCCCCACCCUUCAAUCACAAAUAUCUUGACUUCAAUUCUAGAUAGAUGAGUAUUUUUUUCAUCAAAUGCAAGGCAAAUGAACAAGCUUAAAGAUGGUACCAAUAACCCCAUGUGUCCAAAAAUUGGAUCGUGUCGUCAUGACUCAUAAGUCACAAAACAAUUCUGUUCCCAAUAAAUGGAUCAGAGAGAGGGGAAAGGGGGUGUCUUUCUUAAGUGUGAGAAAAAAAUUAUGUUAUAAUAAUAUAUCGAAAGACAGAGCAGCUCUAAUAAUUUCUUAGCAGUGAACUUGCGUGGUUUGGGAGCAAAACAAUAAAUUUUGAAUUUUAUUUAGUAUAAAAUUUGUGGGUUUUUUUGGUAAAAGUGUGGGGUGUCUCUUGAGAAGGGGGAUUUAAAAAAAGUUUAUUCAGUUCCUAGUGAUAAUGAGUAGCUGUACUCGGGUAUCAACGUACACUCACUUUCUUUAUCCAAGUUAACAGCUCUUUGGUUCAGUUGCAUCUGUUUAGUUUGAAGUAUUGAGAUUGACAUGCUGUCUUGAGGGGGUAGAGGGAAUUCCUCGGGGCUUGCUUUUGUUUUCAUGACAAGACAAGAAUACCUCUGGAUUGACACCACACCACUGCUAGAGUUUUUGCUAAAUGUUUGUUUUUACUUUUGGUGUUGCUGGUGUUACUUUGAGUUUUUGUUGUUUCUGUCAAAUCUGGUAAUUUGAAUUGUAUAGUUUUGAGUGAAUACAUGCAAAGCUUUGC